AAAUUUGUUAACCGCCUCUUGUAAAAGUAUUUCUUACAUAUGUUUAUUGAGGGUUGAAGAUGUUGUUAUGAAAUUUGAAAGCUUGCACAUGAAAUUUGAGAUAACACCAUCAUUAGAAUCAUACAAGGAGCUCAUUAAGUUUUGCUGUAGUUCACGUAAGGUGCAACUGGCUCUUGAUAUUGUUAACCAGAUUUCUGAAGACGGUUUGAGCUUGUCCAUAGACAUGCUAAGUUGCAUAUUGCAUGCUAUUGAAGAGAACUAUGAGUGUAAUUUGCCAAAUGCUGAGACAUUUAGAAGGAUGAUAAUUUUGAGUGUGAAAAUGAAAGAUUUUGAUGGUGCAUAUGCGAUGCUGAAUGAUUCAAGGAAAAUGAACGUUAAACCUGUAGCUGGCAUGUAUAAUGCUAUAAUGGCAGGAUAUUUUCGAGAGAAGAAAAUUUCUGCUGGGUUGAGGGUUCUCAAGCAAAUGGAACUUGACAGUGUAAAACCAGAUCCCCAAACUUACAGCUAUCUAAUAGCCUAUUGUGACUGUGAAGAGGAUAUUAUCAAGUAUUAUGAAGAAAUGAAGUGUUCUGGGAUUACAGUAACGAAGCACAUAUUUAUGUCACUUAUUAGUGCAUAUGCAGCUUGUGGACAGUUUGAGAAAGCAAAACAGGUUCCCUUGGAUGAAGGGAUACCAGUUAAAAGCCUAAAUGAACUCAGAAGUGCUCUCGUCUCUGCUCUUGCAUCAAAUGGGCAAAUGGCUGAUGCUGUAGACACAUAUGAGGAAAUCAAGCAAUCUGAAGGUGAUCUGGAGCCUAGAGCUGUCCUAUCUCUGAUGGAGUGUCUUCAUUCCGAGGGAGACUUGAGUCUUAUGCUUCAACUAUUAGAGGAAUUGCAUGAUCAAGGCUAUUGGAUUGAGGGUUGCCGCAGAGUUAUCUCAUUUGGUGUUAGAAAAAAGCAUCUGAGUACCGCUGUUCAUUUGCUCAAGCAACUCAAGGACAAGUUCUGUGAUGAUGAGUUGGCUGCAGAAGUUCUUUUUGAUGAGGCAUUUGCCAUUAUUGCCGGGGAAGAACCUGCUGAUGUACAGUUUGGUGUGGAUUUACUACAAGCCAUAAAGAGUGACAUAGGCAUUAGCCCUUCACGGAAAUGUCUUGAUUUUAUCCUGAAUGCCUAUGUUAAAGCAAAAGACGUGCAAAACUCUCUUUUGAUUUGGAAAGAAUACGAGAUUGCUGGCCUUAUAAUAAUGUAUCAGGCGCUUUUGGCUUGCGGAGAUCACAAGUCAGCAGAGGCAAUGCGAACUAAAAUUCCUAAAGACGAUCCAGAUGUACGGGAUGUCAUCAGAGCAUUCCAAGCGACUUACCCCAAAUCAACAACACCUGCAAAGCCCAACAAGCGGCCGCAGCAGCAGGAGAACAAGUAAAACUGAAAGCAAAACACUAACUUGAACAGAAUAGGAUUCAACAUUCUUUGUCCUAGAGAAAUCCUCCAGGCAUUUUUUCUAGUAUUCUUCCUGUUAGGUCUAGCUCUUUAUUUUUGUAUUUCUGUUGAUGCUGCUUUUUCUCACCCUCCCUUUCUCACUAAAACGUACGUUUUUUA